AUGUCUUCCAAGAGCCUACCAACGCCUGCUCAAGUCCUUGCGAAGUUCUAUGAAGCAGAGACUAUCUACAUGGCUGCUGCACCUAAAGAGAGGGACAUAGCAGGCAUGGCAUCCUGCCUGUCAGAAGAUUUUCGUCUCUACCAAUCGCCGGAUCUGCCAUAUGGAGGAACGUACGAAGGCCGCUCAGGGUUCAAGAAAUGGUCGGACGACAUGGCCUCGUACUUUGACCGACUUGAGGUCAUCGAUCCGCAGGUCUUCGAGAAGAGCGGCAGUGACAGCGUAGUCGUUUCUUCGACGUUGAAGCUCAGAGUAAGGAAGAAUGGAGUGGAAUUGGUAGGGCCGCUACUUCAGGCUAUGAAGGUCGAUCGAGAGAAGGGCUUGCUUACGGAGAUUCGGCCUUUCUACUGGAACGUGAAAGGUCUGAAUGAGGCCGUCCAGAAGUAG